AGGCUAUCGUAUACAUUUCGAAAAAUCAACCACAUCGACAAUGUCCGCGCGGAUGAUGGCGCCUCGAUGAGAGAGAGAGCGAGCAGGAGAGACGUACACCGUCAUCGGCAUCUGUCCGCCGGCCCCCCCUUUGUGUUCGCCGGAGAGCGUGAAUGGCGAGAGAUGACAUGGCGGAGGUAGAUCUGGCACCGGGCGCGGCGGGACCCCCCGCCGGGGCCGGCUCGGCGUUCCCCUACGAGGAGUACGAGUGCAAGAUCUGCUACAAUUACUUCGACCUCGACCGACGCGCUCCGAAGAUCCUCGAGUGCCUGCACACGUUCUGCGAGGAGUGCCUGACCACGCUCCACCUGCGCGAGGAGCGGCCGUGGCGCGUCAGCUGCCCCGUCUGCCGCCACCGGACCCCGGUGCCGGAUUACCGGAUCCAGAACCUGCCCAACAACACCAAGGUGACGGAGGACUUCCCGCUCUACAUCGAGUCGGACCCUUUGCCCCAGGACGCGCUGCCGCCGUACCCUCCCCCGCUGCACCCGGCGCUCGUCGCCCUCCGCCGGGAGGAGGCGUCGGGCGCGUCCAGCGUCAGCCAGGCGACCCCGUCCACCACCGUGUCCACGGCCACCACCCUCUCCCAGGACUCCGUGCGCUACGACAGCUGCCAGAGCUGCAAGAGGGUCGCGCUGACCACCGGCUGCGUCUGCGUGAUCUUCUCCUUCCUCUCCAUGCUGGUGUUGCUCUUCAUGGGCCUGAUCUUCGUGCACAGCCACAGCAUCCCGCCCUCGCCGGCGGGACCCAUCUGCCUGUCGGUGGCCAGCAUCCUGGCCAUGUUCUCGGUGGUCGUCACGUGGCUCAUCUGCUGGCUCAAGUACAGACCGGAUCACGAGGCGGGCCGCUCGUCCGCCACCAGCAACUCCCGCAGGAACGCCUGACGCCCCCCCCCCUCCCCCGUGUGCGUGAUUGUGUACUUAUUGCUGGCAACGGAUUCUCUC